AUGCCUAUUUCCCCAACGGAAAAGACCACUUUGCCUGGCGCAUUGAACAUCGCUCCAGUUAUUGCAUCUGGCGAUCACGAUGUCGCAGCAGAAAAGAAUGUAGCCAAAGGUGCUGAUGCCUUGCUGACCUAUGUUGACCACACUGGCACUGUCGUUCUCGACGAAGCAACCAACAGGAGAAUCGUCAGAAAGAUUGAUACCCAUGUCCUACCUUGGCUAUGCGGUCUAUAUAUUCUCCAAUAUCUCGACAAGGGCGUAGUCAGCUAUUCCUCUGUCAUGGGCAUCAUGACUGAUGCGAACCUGACAACAAGCCAGUUUACAUGGCUGGGGAGUAUCUACUAUCUCGGCUACAUGGCCGCUCUUCCUCUGCAUAAUCGCAUGUUCCAAGUCUUUGCGCCUUCGAAAUACAUUGCCGCCAACAUGAUGGCCUGGGGUCUCGUGCUGGCUUUCAUGGCCUUGUGUAAUAACUUUACGGGGCUGAUGAUUCAGCGCGCAUUUCUGGGAAGUCUCGAGUCGGUUAUCAACUGCGGUUUUGUACUGCUGACCGCUCGUUGGUACCGCAAGUAUGAGCACGGUGCCCGUGUCUCCCUAUGGAGCGCAUGCAACGGCCUCGCCACCAUGGUCGGGGCUCUCAUCGCCUUUGGGUGUCUAUCCGGCGUCGAAGCCGGCGUGAGCAUCGCCCUGCCCUCCUGGAAGAUCAUGGCCCUGUGUCUGGGCUGCGCCUCCAUAGUCUACGGCGGCGCCAUGUUCAUGAUCGUAGCGCCCAGCCUGCUGGAGGCGCGCUUCUUUACCGAAGAAGAAAAGGCCCUUGCCGUCGAGCGCCUGCGCGAGAACCACCAGGGCAUUGGCUCCAGCGCGUUCAAGUAG